AUGGCCAAGUUUCAAACUGGAGAACAAACGGGACAAAAGGCAGAUGAUGCAAGUGUCUCAAGAUUAAUGAGGUCUGAGAAAGACGAAAACGACGAGCAGCUAUUUGACUGCUCUGAGUUUCUUACAAGCAGGCAAAUUUCUAGUUUUUUUUCUCGUCUGGCCUCAAAGCGAAGUCUCGACCACCAAGAGGUCAACCAGAGCGAUGACGAUGAGUAAAUCAGAGCAGAAAAGGAGAGCCAGCUACAAGCAAUGAGCAAAAAGGUGGUGUCUGAAAUUUCUUUUCAGCACGCACAUCCAAUCUUGUACAACGAUUACAGCAUUUGUGAACUAGUCAAGAAUUCUGAGCUUUCAAACUUUCCAAUUCAAGUGUUAAAUGACAUUUGUACUUCUUUCGGACUCGAUACUUCCCAGGUCAACGUUAAGAGGAAGAAGCCGUAUGUCGAUAUUCUAACAAGUCUUGUCAUGAGCUGCCAAUGUCAGGCAAAUGGGGAAUGA